CACAGUUUGUGCGUUCAAGGUCAGACAAAGGUUGUUGUGAAGUCUUGAUAACUACGAUGAAGGUUAUUGGCAGGGAGCUGAAUAAAAACUCAUCUGGAUAUAUUACGCUUAUUGCAGAAAAUGAGGAGGACAUGUGGUUAACGUACAACUUAGUCCAGGUUGGAGAUAAAAUGAGAUGUUCUACGGUCAGAAAGGUCCAGAAUGAAUCUGCAACCGGUAGUGUGCAGACGAAGCAAGUGAGAACCAACCUAACAAUAGAGGUAGAAAAAAUUGACUUCGAUUUGCAGGGUUCAGUACUUCACUUGAAAGGCCGCAAUGUGGUAGAAAAUCAGUUUGUCAAAAUGGGCGCCUACCACACAUUAGACCUUAGAAUCGAUGAAAAGUUUACUAUCACUAAAACAGAAUGGGAUAGUGUUGCAAUUAUGCUUGUCGAACAGGCAUCUGACCCAACACAACAAGCUGAUCUUGCUGCAGUUAUCAUGCACGAAGGCCUGGCUUAUGUUUGUUUGAUAACAAGUACAACAACUAUUGUUCGUGCGAAGAUUGAUACUACAAUUCCACGCAAACGUCCAGGUUUACCUACUGCUCAGCACGAAAAGGGUCUGUCACGCUUUUUUGAACAAAUAAUGCAAGCACUAGAGCGUCACAUUCGUUUCGACAUCGUCAAGUGUAUCAUAUUAGCCAGUCCUGGAUUUCUACGUGAACAAUUUUUUGAAUUUAUGAUCCAGACAGCAACAAGACAAGAGAAACGUGUAUUCUUAGAAAAUAAAUCAAAAUUUAUGCUUGUUCAUUCUUCAUCCGGUCAUAAACAUGCAUUGAAAGAAGUACUCACAGAUAGUGUUGUUAUGAGUAAACUAGUUAAUACAAAAGCAACAUCUGAAGUUACGGCAUUAAAUGACUUUUAUCAAAUGCUUAAAACAGAUCAAUCACGUGCAUUCUAUGGUUACAAACAUGUUAAGACGGCUGCUGAUGCAUGCGCUAUUGAUACACUACUGAUAACUGAUGCAUUAUUCCGUUCACGUAAUUUAGAAGAAAGAAAACAAUAUGUGGAGUUAGUUGACCAAGUUAAAGAUAAUCAAGGCAUUGUACGCAUAUUUUCAAGCCUACAUGUUUCUGGUGAACAGCUUAACCAACUAUCAGGUGUAGCCGCAAUAUUGCGCUUCCCAAUACCUGAACCUGUGACAGAUGACGAGUCGAAUAGUUCCGAAGAUGACGAUAAUUAACUAAUUAGUUCUUCUACUUAACUUUGUACUCAAUGAAUUUUUUCCAUAAGUAAACAUGUAUAUUGUGGUUUGUGUCUUUCUAUCGAUAUUAUUAUUCUGAUUUUCAUUUUCACUUGCCUCCUUUUUGACGUCCCCAUUCUUUGAGUUCGUUGUUAGUAUUAUUAUUUAUCUUCUUCACUCUUUAAUUGUCCUUUGUGCUGUUUUUACAUUGUUGCUGUGCUUAUAUAAUACCGUGCAGCUUAAAAUCAGUAUCCAUUUGUGCCAAAUCCCAAGUUCUGUACUUUCAUUUGUCUCUCCUGUACAAAAUUAUAUUGAAGUGUUUGCUAUUUC